AUGUUCACACACACACACACACACACACACACACACACACACAUGCUCAGUCAGCGUAAGUGACACAAGUGCUGGCUCCAUUCAGCCCUGAGUUGACUGACUCACCGCUAUCCAUUAGCCGGCAUGCCGCAGAGAAAGAGGAGUUUCACUUUUGGAGCCUAUGGAGGAGUGGACAAGACAUUCAACAAGGCCAGGAGCUUAUGGAAACAAGAUGGGAGUGACCCCCGAAUUUCUGCAACACUAGAGCCCCAGCUGUUCCAGCCUACACUCCCAUACACCAGCUCUCCAUUCCACAAGACCCCAGAUUUAUUUGAAAUGAUUGAAAAGAUGCAGGGCAACAGGAUGGAUGAGCAGAGAUGCACCUUUUCUCCCCAACUCAAGACUGAGGAGGACUACAUUCCAUACCCCAGUGUCCAUGAGGUGUUAGGCAGAAAAAGCCCCUUUCCUCUCAUCCUGCUGCCUCAGUUUGGAGGUUACUGGAUUGAAGGGACUAACCAUGAGAUGAGCAACGCAGAAACAGAACCGCCGCCACCUCUUUCCCCGAACACCCGCACCAAGCUGGAGUGUAACACAACAGCUAUGAUCUACCGGAAACACUUCCUGGGCAAGGAGCACUUUAAUUACUAUUCAGUGGACAGUGCCCUCGGACAUCUGGUGUUCUCUGUAAAGUACGAUGUGAUUGGUGACCAGGAACAUCUCCGUCUAAUGCUCAGGAGCAAGUUGAAAACCUACCAUGAUGUGAUUCCCAUUUCCUGUCUGACAGAGUUUCCCAAUGUGGUGCAAAUGGCCAAGCUUGUCUGUGAAGACGUCAACGUGGACCGUUUUUUCCCUGUCCUUUAUCCAAAAGCUUCAAGACUUAUUGUCUCCUUUGAUGAACAUGUGCUAAGCAACAAUUUCAAGUUUGGAGUCAUUUAUCAAAAGUUUGGACAGACGACAGAGGAAGAUGUGUUUAGCAACAGUGAAGAGAGUCCAGCCUUUGUAGAGUUCCUGGAGUUUCUAGGAGAGAAAAUUGAGCUGCACAACUUUAAAGGUUUCCGUGGGGGGUUAGACGUGACUCACGGGCAGACAGGCACCGAAUCCAUCUACUGCAACUACCGCAACAAAGAGGUCAUGUUCCAUGUGUCCACAAAGCUGCCCUACACAGAUGGGGACACCCAGCAGUUGCAAAGAAAGCGACACAUAGGGAACGACAUUGUGGCCAUAUUAUUUCAAGAUGAAAACACUCCGUUUGUUCCGGAUAUGAUCGCCUCCAACUUUCUGCACGGCUACAUGGUGGUCCAAGUGGUCAACCCCUGCUCCGACAAUGUUCUCUACAAGGUGUCAGUGACGGCGCGGGACGAUGUACCUUUCUUCGGCCCGGCUCUACCGAACCCUGCUAUUUUUAAGAAAGGCCCUGAAUUCCAUGAAUUCCUCUUUACUAAGCUCAUCAAUGCAGAGUAUGCCUGUUACAAAGCGGAGAAAUUUGCCAAAUUAGAGGAGCGAACAAGGUCGGCCUUGUUAGAGACUCUUUAUGAGGAGAUCCAUGUGAACAGCCAGGCCAUGAUGGGUGUCGGAGGAGACGACGACAAACUGGAAAACGGGGGUGCAGGAGGAGGGGGCUUCUUCGAGUCCUUCAAGCGGGUGAUCCGCAGCAGAAGCCAGUCUAUGGAUGCCGUGGGUCUUACUUUGAAGAAGCCGCACACAUUCUCCACUAGCUUCAGCAGCAGCUUUAACCACGAGCCCGCAGAGAGCCCCAAAUUCCCAGGGAUAUCAUUGCUUGUCCCAGGCAAAAGUCCCAGUAAAUAUGGACGUCGAGGCAGUGCCAUAGGGAUAGGAACAGUAGAAGAGUCUUUGAUAAUACCGGGGAAAAGCCCAACCAGGAAAAAGUCCGGCCCCUUCAGCUCCAGGCGAAGUAGUGCCAUCGGUAUCGAAAACAUUCAAGAGGUCCAUGAGAAGAGAGAGAUCUCCCUCAAUACCCAGAAGACCCCUGACAGCGGUCACGUCUCUCAAGAUCCCAAAUCUGACAACUCGUCCAAUCAGAGCUCCCCCGAGGCGCUCACCAGCACCAAGAACAGUUCUCUUCUCGGUGGCAGGGCCCAAUCCAUCCCCGAGGGUCACGACCUCUCCCGCUCCUCCUCCAAUGCUAGCAGCUUCGCCAGUGUGGUGGAGGAGAACGAGACAGAGAACACUGAGGACUAUGACACGGGCAUGGAGAGUCUGUCGUCAGCCGGGACGCCACACAAGCGAGACUCGUUGAACUACAGCACCUGGCUGGAGGACAGCGCCACCAGCACCAGCACCAGCACCAGCACCGCCAGCCGAGGCAGCUCCCCAGGGCCCGGUAGACCUGAGCGAGGGAAGGGGGCAGACGUCCGCAUCAAACUGGAACGACCACACGAUCAUCAGUCCUCAUCGCAUUCCCAUAUGUCGCAAUCCCUCUGGGAGGUUAGACAAGUGCAGGCGUUCGCCAUGUCUAAUGAUGAGAAGGACGAAGAGGAGGAGGAGAUGAGAAGGAACAGAGGAAGCAGGUGGAGCGUGGCCAGUCUGCUGCUCAGUGAGAGCCGCCGUGUGGAGUAUCCAGAAACCUGGAGGACACUAGGAAGCAUGUGUUUCCUUCCACUCUUUUCUUUGCCUGUUCACACAUCUGUUGCCUAGGUAUUUCUACCUUUUUGUUUCAAAAGUGCACAUUUUUAUCUACAAAUGUAAUGGUCAAAUUUGUAAAAAAUGUUACUUUGGUUUGGUUGGUCUUGUUGAAGCCCAGGUGUGCUGGAUAUACAGGGUAAACACGGUGCCACUGAGCUCUUUGUAGAAACAGGAAGGACUUUUGCUGCAAUGCAGAGAAGAUAAUUGCCUAGAUGGUUUUACCAAAUCAACAAAGGUUUUAACUCAAUAAAUAAAUAUCUCUAAUGUAUGUAAUACCAAAUAUUCAGCAUCAAAGGAGAGUAUUUUUUAACAUCUAAUGUGAUAUAUUAUUGUUCUGUUGGAUGCUGUUAAUUGUGAUUAUUUUCUGGGUAAAAUACAAAUUGCAAGCUGCAAACGAUUUAAAACAAUUUCCUUUAAAUGAGUUCCAUUAUAAGUUCCAUUAUGAUGGAAGCCAGACAUACCUACAAUAAAUAUCCCCAACAAUGAAGGACAUGUUAUAAGAAAAAUAUGUUUUUGAUUUUGGAAGUGAGUUGUCCCUUUUUAAGAAGGCAAUUUCUUCAUCCCUGUAUUUUACCUCGACUUCUUGUCUCGUGUACUGCAUCGGAAAUGGGAUUGCAAUGCAGAUAUACUUCAACGCUGUCCGUAUAGGCUUUAGAUCUAUGGAUACUGCCAUCGAUGACUGAUUUCACUGCUUUGUCCCUCUCGUGUGUUGGCGAGGAGGAGCCCAAUCUACAUUAUGUCCUGUUAUCUCUCUAAUACCUGUCUUUAUUUAUCAAUUUGGUUCCUGUUGAAGUGGCAUUUAUAGCGUACACCUGUAACACUGUACCUCUAUGGGGGAUACGUUCAGCAUCCUGCCAUAUGCUUGUACUGUGUGUGUUGCCUUGUAGUGAAUUAUAAUGUUGUCAUCUGUAAAGAGUCUGAUCUCGUCCACUGCAGUAAAUUGCAAUGCAUUUAAAAAAGACAGUGAAUAUUUAUUUGCUUAAAAGAAAAAUAACUAUAUAUACAACUACUGAUUUUGUAAAUAGAUAAUCGGCUGGAGUGUAUAGUAUAUAAUGUAAAGGCCAUGGAUUAAAAUAGGAUUGACCAACAUCCUUGAAAUCACUGCCAACUUAAAAAUGGUUGUUUUAUUUCUCGUACACUUACUUUUAAAUAUUUUUUUGCAAAUAGAGUUUUAUAGAAGAUAAAUAUUAAAACAAUUAUUCAGACUGUUCAGUAAAAAGGGAAAUCUCCCAGCACAUCCUGCUGAUCAUUUCAGUUGCCUUAUCAUCACACACUGAUGGUGUAAGUACAGUGAAGGAAAUAAUGAAGAGCCAGCAGGAUUUACAUUGAAAUGAAUGUUUUGUUGUUGUUGUUGUUGUUGUUGUUUAUUGUAAAUAAAUGCCCUGAGAAUUU